UAAUCAUAUCAUGUCGUCACUAAAUAAUCUGACCCCCAGAAAAAUAAAUACAGAAAGGGCUGGCAUUUCUUAUCAUUAUCAGAUAAUAUACGGACAAACCAAACGAGAUCGAGACGAAAAAAAGAAACAUCCAUACUUAAACCUUCUCCACCUAAGUAUCGAUCCCAGCAAAUGGGGUUCACUGAAACACAAAACAAAGCAACAAAUAUCCUCGGCUAUCUGUGGUAUCUCGAAACAUACGCAUUUGUCAAAGCACCCCUCACAAUAAGCAUUCACCACCACCACCACCACAAUCAUACCCACGAAGACAAACAAGAACAUCAUACCACCACCAACAUGUGUCACUUCUCAACAUUGCGCAAGAUCUUCAGCACCAAAAAGAAGAAGAAGAGCGAUGGCACAAAUGACGACGAUGUCCAUGAUAGUCACUCUGACCAUCCCCAGAAGGGGCUCGAAAGAGAUAAUAAUAAUACUCCCCAACAGGAUGAAGAAUCAUCAGGGCUAGACGACCCAAAUGCAGCUCUGACAGAAGUCUCUUCUCCAGAACCAGUACAGGAUCGAGGUGAUGGGAGGCUCAGCCGACGUCGGUCCCUGGAGGAUCAAUAUGAGGCUAAUAAAGAGAAUGCUCGACACCAUCAGGACGGGGAAGAUACGGAUCCGUUCGGGAAUCUGAGCGAGGUUGCUUCUCCAGAGCCGGUGCAGGAUCGGGAUGAGGAUGGUACACUCAGCCGACAUGCCUCCUUGGAGGAUCGGCUUGAGAGUCUGCGAAGGAGGGAGUCGAGAUCGUCCACUUCGAGGUGAUGAGAGAUUUUGUGGUUGCUUUUCUUUCCUGGUUGUAUGGGUCCUUGGAUGUAUAUGGCUGUUUAUAUUCUACUGUAAAUACUUUCGUGCUUUCUUGUGGGACAUGGUUUUUAUGAUGACUGUCCCUUUGUUAGCUUGAGCAGGUUCGGGCAAUAUUCUACUACCACUACGAUAUCCGAUUUAGUUAGGAACACUCUCAAAAUAUGUA